AUGACACUGACUGUCACUGGCACGAAUGCACACAGCGCGUAUCCCUGGAAUGGGACAAAUGCCAUUGAUUUGCUUAUGGACGAUAUUGUGGCGUUAAAACGGGCAACCAGGGAUGGGUCACUCGUCUUCGAUAACAACGAAUUGCCAUGGCACACUACUCUCAACACCAGCCGCAUCACCGGAGGAGAGGCUAUCAACCAA